UGUGAGCGCUGCUGUCCAUGUAACGUCACUGUGACGGUCGAUGUUUAUCUCAAUUGAGCAUGUAGGUGGUGCGUGGUAGUAGACAGCACAGCCUUUUCCUUCAUAUCCACUACAGAAAUGCUCUCUUUGGGCUGGAUAUCAGCUCUGGUCGUGGGUAUUUUUUCCGCUCAUGUUUUGCAGAGACUUUGUUUCCCCUACUUUUGGAAAGAUUUCUUCUUUCUGUUCAGCGUGGGGCGCUACGGUUUGAAACUGGAGCUGUUCAAGCUGACUUCGAGGGUGUGUACAGUCCUGGACAGGUUCAUUCAACAGGCGCAACGCAUCCCAGAGAAGCCUUUUAUCAUCUACGAAGGGAGCAUCCACACCUACAAGGACAUUGAGCAGCGUAGCAACAGACUUGCAAAUGUUUUCCUUCACAAACUCCAAGUUUCUAAAGGCGACUGCAUCGCCUUGCUUAUGAAUAACGAGCCCGACUUCGUCUGCGUCUGGUUCGGGUUGGCGAAGCUCGGCUGCCCGGUGGCUUUUCUCAAUACGAACAUUAAAUCCAAGUCGUUGUUACAUUGCUUGAAAUGCUGUGGAGCCAAAGCUUUGGUCGUUGGAGCAGAUUUAGUAGACUGUCUUCCUGGUAUCAUGAGCAACCUAUUAGAAGACAACAUUCAAUUGUGGACAAUGAAGAGCAAUUGCGGGGACAUGAAGGUGGAAUCCGUGUUGGAUCACAUAAAUGCUGCCUCUGACAAACCUUUACCAGCAAAUUUACGUGCCACUACCUCUGUCAAAUCUCCUACCCUUUACAUCUUCACCUCUGGAACUACUGGGCUUCCGAAGGCAGCAGUGAUCACUCACCUCCAAAGCUUAAAGGCAGCAGGAGGAUUUUGGGCAUUUGGGGCAAAUGAAAGUGACGUGAUGUACAUCCCUUUGCCGCUUUAUCACAGUGCAGCUUCCCUAAUUGGAAUAGGGGGGACCGUUGAGCUUGGUGCAACAUGCGUUCUAAAGAAGAAGUUCUCAGCCUCACAAUUCUGGAGUGACUGUCGGAAACAUAAAGUGACUGUUUUCCAGUAUAUUGGUGAACUUUGCAGAUACCUCUGCAACCAGCCAAAGACAGAGAUGGACAAGGUUCACUCAGUCCGGAUGGGAGUCGGGAAUGGGCUUCGUCCGGACGUCUGGCAAGAAUUUCAUAGACGCUAUGGAGACAUAAAAAUGUGUGAGGUGUACGGCUCCACGGAGGGAAACCUGUGUUUCAUGAAUCACAUUGGCAAGAUUGGAACAGUGGGGCGUUCCAACCUCAUCUACAGGCUCCUGUUCAAGUAUGAUCUGGUCAAAUAUGACAAGAUCAAAGAUGAGCCAGUGAAAGAUCAGUAUGGUUUCUGUCAGCGGGUGAAAAAGGGUGAAACAGGGCUUUUACUUUCCAAAGUAAGUGCCCUGACCCCUUUCUUUGGGUACGCUGGAAACAAGCAACUGACUGAAAAGAAGCUGAUAAGGAAUGUAUUUGUCAAGGGUGAUACCUACGUCAACACAGGUGACCUCAUGAUUGAAGACCACGAAGGCUUCAUCGCUUUCAAAGACAGAGUAGGGGACACCUUCAGAUGGAAAGGUGAAAAUGUAGCAACAACCGAGGUGGCAGAAACCCUUGGGUCUGUUGAUUUUAUCCAAGAAGUCAAUGUGUAUGGGGUGGAAAUACCAGGGCACGAGGGAAGAGCUGGAAUGGCUUCUAUGAUUGUAAGACCAGGCUUCGUGUUUGACGGCAAUACAUUUUUUAAACACGUGGUGAUGGAACUACCCACAUAUGCGCGACCUCUCUUCUUGAGGCUUCAGCUCGUGAUGGAAAUGACAAGCACCUUUAAACAGCAGAAGUUCCAGCUAGUUCAGAGUGGAUUUAAUCCCUCAACAAUAUCGGAUCCUCUUUACGUCUUGGAUUAUCAAGAGAACAGCUAUAUCCCUUUGACAAAAAGUGUCUACCAGAGUAUCAUUUGCGGGGAACGCAAGCUCUAGGACUCGACGCCGGUGGACAACAGCGGUAGUGUUUUGCCUUAAGGAAGACUGGGUUUCCCAUGAGGACCAGCGCACACCAGCAUAGUGUCGUAAAGUCAUGAUGGUCGCCUGCAGAUGGAUUGAGCAACAUUUCUGUUUCCUGCGGCUGUGUGAAGGAUUAAAAUUAAUAAGGUAAUGAAUCCAGUUCCAGCUAAACAAUAGCAUAUGACGGAUAGCAAAUGUGUGGCUUAGUGAAAGUGAUACAGACCCCCUCAAGAUAUAAAAGAGGUGUCAUUCCAUUACAGACAUGUGAAAAAAUUAGGACACCCCAUUAAAUAUUCAGUUCUAUGUUAAGAAAUGUGCACAUAUCAAUGCCUGAUCUUGUUUUUCUUUAUCACUGGAAAAUAAAGUGAUUUAAUUGCAGCUAAACUACAAAAAAUAACAUUGUUUUACUCAUUUAACCAAAUAUAUCAACAAAAAUGCAUAUUCUAACUGAGGAAAAAGCUAAGACACCCUGCCACUUUAUAGCUAGUCGUACCCCCUUUGGCUGAAAUAACUUUAGUCAGACGCUUUUUGUAGCCAUCUACCAGUCUUUGACAUCGGUCUAAAGAAAGUUUGCCUCACCCCUCAACGCAGAAUACUUUCAGCUGUAAGAUGUUUCUUGCAUGUACAGCCCGUCUUGCAUGUACAGCCCGUUUCAAGUCACCCCACAGCAUUUCAAUGGAAUUAAGAUCUUGGCUUUGACUCGUCCAUUCCAGGACUCAUUUCUUCCUUGGUGGAUUUCCUGGUAUGUUUUGGGUCAUUGUCAAGUUGCAGGGUCCAGUUUCGCUCAACUUUUUCACAAAUGAUCUCACAUAUUCUUCAACCACCCUCUGACACACGAUAGAAUUCAUGGUGGAUUCUCAGAUGCUGAGCUGGCCAGGUCCUGAUGCAUCAAAGCAUCCCCAAACCAAUACACUUCCACCUCCAUGCUUCACAGUUGGUAUGAGGUUCUUUUCCUGGAAUGCUGUAUCGGGUUUACGCCAAACGUGUCCUCUGUUCUGGUGUCCAAAUGGUUCACUUUUUGGUUGAGCUGUCCAAAGAACAUUAUUCAAGAAGUCCUGGUCUUUGCCUACAUUCACUCUGGCAAACUUCAGUCUGGUUCUUCUUGGAGAGCAAAGAUUUCCUCCUUGCACACCUCCCAUGAAGGUUAAACUUUUGAAGUCUUUCUGAUUGAAGAGGCAUGCACUUUCACAUUAAUAGGAGCAAGAGCCUGCUGUAGGUCUUGGGAUGACAGUAGAAAGGAACAGGUACCGUUCUCACACACACCACAUAUAUUUCUUUGCAUUAGUCUCACACAUUCAUCUAGCUAUAGUUUAGGUAGACUUCACUCCAGGCCCUUGAACACAGUAAAGUGAAUCACCUUAUUGGCGCUCAUGAGGGGGAAAAGGAAAAAUGGUACAGUUUCUCGUAGGCACCAUCUAACUGUUUGCAUUACUCGAACACACGUAAUAUAAUUAAUCAGGGAAUAGUAUCAUUUCUCAUAUUUACUGUAGGACUGCACUACUCUAACACACCUAAUGUAAAAUAAAUAGCACACCAUAGUUUAAAGAAGCAGAAUAGAUACACAACGCCAUGUUAUCACAGAAGCCCAACGUGUUCGUCACGAGCAAGAUUGACGCAGUUCUCCCGACAACGAACAAGGACAAAGACCAGCGCGCUUUGUCCUAAAAGAAGUAGCGCCAGCCCAGAUAAUAAAGUUCAUAGCGGGCGCUUGGGACGUCAAGACCAGCGUCGGUCGCUGUGACAACCACGUCCCAUCCAUGCACGAACCUAAACCGCCCAAAGCCGGCCACAGAGGGAAGGUCCCAAAAGCAACGCCCGGACACACCUUCGGCCCGGCCUCCUACACCACGGACUUAAAAAACAUUGGACUCUGAGAUAAGACAGAUUUUUGCUGCUCAGACACAUUUUCUAUCUACCCUUGCUUUGGAUUCAGCAUUGGUCCCUGCGUCGUCCGUUUUUGUCUUGUUUUUGACCAUUGUCGACGAAUAAAUUGCCAACCUGUUUUCGGUGAGUCUUCUUCGAACUUUUGAGACAUGGAGUCAGUACAAAGGGUUAAAAUAAGAAGACAACGCGCGGAGUUUUGCUUCCUCCCGGUUUGGUUCGCGGGGGCGGUAAACAGCGGAGCACCAUUUCCAUUCGGCUGACGCCGUUUCCGUGCAGCUUUGGCCGGGGGGACUAAAUUCCAACAGUUUUUAGGGUUUUUGGAGACUUCUUUUAGCAUCUUGCGGUCUGCUCUAGGGGUGAACUUGCUUGGACGGCCAGACCUUGUUUUGAGUGUCCUCCACUUGUAAACUAUUUCCCGGACGGUGGAAUAGCUGAUUUCAUGUUCUUUUGAGAUCUUUUGAAAUCCCCUACCAGACUCAUAAGCGUCUACAAUCUUCUUUCUGAAGGCCUCAGACAGCUCCUUUGAUCUCACCAUGGUGUUUUCAUUCACUUCAACAGUGAGUCACUAUUGAAAGUAUUCUGCGCUGAGGAGUGGCGCAAACUUUCUUCAGACCGAUGUCAAAGACUGGUAGAUGGCUGAAAAAGCGUCUGACUGAAGUUAUUUUAGCCAAAGGAGGUAGCACUAGCUUUUACGUGGUAGGAUGUCCUAACUUUUUCCUCAGUUAGAAUGAGCAUUUUUGUUGAUAUAUUUGGUUCAAUGAGUAAAACAAUGUUAAUUUUAGUUGUUUACCUGCAAUUAAAUCCCUUUUCCAGAGGUAAAGAAAAACAAGAUCAGACAUAUCACAAAUGUUACGAAAAUACUUUAUAAAGAUUGAAAAGUUACCUAGUGUUGCUUUGAAGGAUUUGUUAUUUACAACUGCACAGACAUGGCUAAAUGUGUUGAGCAUUUUAGAAGGUUCUUUGUUCAUGUCUGAUUGUGAAUGAUGAUUUUCAUUUUCCAUCUGAAGCUUUGUCAUGACUAAACUGAGCCAGAUCCAGUUUAGACUUGCACUCAUAUUUGACGUUGUAAUUAAGGUGUAAUGUUGACUCAGGUACUUUUAUCUCUUCUCUAUGCAUUGAAGCCUUUCUGUUGGCAGUCUUAACACGAUAAUUACGGAUGAAAAAUGACUUUUUUUUCACUAUGUUGAAAAUGUUGUACUUUAAUGCAGUAUGUCCUAAUGAUAUUAAUAUUGUAUUUUCUUUCAUUAAAUAUUAAUUUGAAUUAAAGAUUUUCCACAUUCGCCUUGAA